CGGGAAAGACAGACCCCCAAGCACCCCCUCAGCCAAGUGGGAUCUCCAGCUGCUGUGACAGGACCCGACUUUGCAGCCCAAGCCCGCCGCGAUGAGGACUCUAUCCAGCAGGACUCCGAGGCCCUGAGCGCCCCCCUUCUCCACUCCCACAGCAGCCCCGCCAGCCAGAGAAGCCCUGGGGACGCACAGACAAAGACCCCAAACCCGGAGCCCAAGAUGCCCCCGAGGAAGAAACCUCGGCUGCCUCCCAAGCCCGCACACCUAAGCCAGAUCCCCCCUCCCCAGUGGCUGCCCAAGCCCUCAGCUCUGUCUCCCAGCUCCUCCAGAGAAGCCGGGCGAGGAGACCACAAGCCAGGUGAGAGAGACGCAGCCGUCGGCGGGCCAGCCCACGGCCCCACCACCGCCAGCCAGGGAUGCACGCCUCCGGCUUGCUGCUCCAGAGAACAGAGCCGGCCCAGCCCCCAACACGGCCCCGGCGCCCCGGCUUCCAGAUCCACCGAGAGCCAGGCUGCAGGCAGCAACGCCCAGAGCGCCGAGCCCCGCAAGCUCUCGGCUCUCCACGGUCACCCCACCUCACCGCUGCAGGGUCCCAGCCCCCCAGGAGAGAGGCCCGAGGCAGAUUCCCAGCAAGGGGCCUCUGAGAACGCGGGGCUUCUGCAGGGAAGCCAGCAAGAGCUCCAGGGUCUCCUGAGCCAGGUGCAAGCCCUGGAGAAGGAGGCGGCGAGCAGUGUGGACGUGCGGGCGCUGAGGAGGCUCUUUGAAACCGUGCCCCAGCUGGGAGUGGCUCCUCAGGCUCGUGCUGCCCCCCGAAAGCCUGAGGCCUCAGUGGUGCAGGCCUUUGGGGAACUGACAAAGGUCGGCGCGGAGGUGGCCCGGCUGAGGGAACAGACCCUGGCCAGGCUGCUGGACAUUGAGGAGGCUAUACACAAGGCCCUGAGCUCCAUGUCUGGCCUCCAGCCUGAGACAAACACCAAGGGCCAGUCCCAAGGACCCCUGAAGGACCACGGUGCCCGCAAGAUCGGUAACACGGACAGGAGGAAAGCCGGACCUAACUGCUCAGGCCAGGAGGUCAGAGGGCAGACUGCAGUCAAGAACCAAACCCAGGAUGCAUGCCCAAACCCAGAUGCUCCGGACUCUGAGGUCCAGAGUCAGGCCAAGGUCAGAAAUCACGCAGAGGCCGGGGGUCAAUCAGCCCCAGUGGUUCCUUCCCCCAGGGGGCCAGAGACAUUGAGAGAAGACUCGGGCCUCCCUGGGGUCUUCCCUUCCAGCAGAGAUUCAUCUUGCUCCCCGACCUUUAUCUCCAUUGAGUCAGCCACAAGGAAGCUUCCAGAGGCUCCCAGCCCCAGGGGCACUCACCUGGCACAGGAUGUGGGCCAGGCCCAGCUCCACCAGAAGGGUUUCCAAGACAAGGCUGGAAAGAAGGAGGUCACCCCGUGCUCUGGGCAGCCGGAGCCCGCCCCUGCCUCCUUAGGAAGCCCCCUGCCCGCUGGGCAGAGAAGCAUUGUGGAGCUUCAGACCGGAGCGGGCGGCCCCCAGUGCUAUGGAGCCACAAGAACGGCUACCCAGCAGUACGAAGGGGUGGACCAGUGCAGGAACCCAGCCCUCCAGCCCUCCACCAGGGUCACGGGGGAGGCAGAGCUGCCCAGGGCCCCAGGACCCCACCUCGAGCUCCACGCUUCCCCCUUGCUCCGGCAGUUUCUGCACAGCCCAGCCAGGCUCAGCGGGGGCCUGGCAGAGGCUGGCAGGGUGCGUGCUCCCUGCGGCCACUCCCAGCCCGAAGCCCAGUGAGCCCCUGAGCCUCCACCAUAGCCUCCGACCCGCACUGGGGGGCUUCCCUCCGGGGCCCCAGGACCGAGGCGGGUGCCAACCUCCUUGCACACCUGAGGCAGGACCGAGAAGAAAGGGCAUCUUCGGAGACCUGUGGGAGGUUUUCCGUUUCCUCAGCUCCAUCAGUAGGCCCAAUUCUUGCAAAGGGAAGAAAGGUUGGGAAGAGGCCCGCCAAGCGGCACGGACAUGGGAGUGGCACGGGGGCCGGUCGCUGCUUCUGGAGGACGGAACAUGGACAGACGCACCUGCUUCUCCCACAGGCCCGCCCGUCCGCAUGAGUCUGCAGGCCUGACACGGAGCCCCUGAGUGAUCCUCCCCCCUCGGCCGUUCUUUCUUUUAUUAGGAGCCAAAAUGUUCUCAGCCCUCUGCUCCUUGAUUCUUGGACAAGACAGGGCCAGCUGGGCAACAGGACCGGUUGCUGUUCAGGAUUGGCCUGAGGGCUCCAGAAGGGCCCUGUUGCAGCCCUCUGGUCACUAUCUCCCUCAGUCAGCGGCUCAUCCCGGCAGCCCAAAGAUCACACACAAGAGGCUCAGCAAUCAGCCGCGUCCGUAAAACCAAAUGUACUGCCUCUCUGCCCCCACCACCCUUCACUCUGUACCCCAGACGGAAACGAUACAGUCGGAAUAAACGCAAGUUUUAUUCUGUC